CUGGUAUCAUUUCAAUUUCCGAGGCGCGAGCACUACAUAUGUUUAAUGCGUUUGUUGUUUGUGUUGUUUUAGCGUCGUCGGCUUCAUAUACCGCAUACGCGCGAAAUAGCUGGCGGAGGAAUGCCUUUUAUGUUCAGCCCUCCUGGCUUGUCCUUGACUUUCCUUUGCGAGAUUUGGAGUUUGGAGUACCUUCUGCUGAGUUAGCGAGCUUUCGUUUAGGGAGAGCAUGAUUCCAGGAAAUGAGUCUCGGAAUCAGUUCCCGUCAUCGGAGCCAACGCACUGGGUUUCCAAAGCACCCGCAGGCUCGGAGGAUGUAAUCACGCUCACCAAAGCCCAGUUACAAAAACUGCUCAGAGCAUUGGAAUCUCAAGAGCCAUCUGAUACAAUAACAACUGCCUCAGUGCCAACCAUUACCAGUGCCCUUAACAAACUGCCCAUCUCAGGAGAUGACUGCUUGCCAAACUGGGUGAAACGCAACAGCACAGCUCCCCGCGGCACUCAACACUCCAAUGAAUCAUCCCUCGCUGGCUUUCCUCAGCGGUUGUCAAAUUCACAUCCAGAGCUCGGAACAGGGUCGAGUCGUCCUUUCUCCAAGCUGGCUCAGAAGCAGCGACAGUGGGAGAAGGAAAAAGCUGAAAUGCAGGAGUGGCAUCCCUGGGGGCGUCCAGGUGGGGGCGCACCCCGUUUCCAGCCAGUGGCAGCCGUACCACCGCGCACCGACACUCAGGUUCUGAGAGUACAAGCGACCACAGCAGCGUCUUCCACUGGUGCCUACCCAUCACGAGCGCCUUCUCCACCAACUCUACCGCACUUGCCGCCAAAUGGAGGAGGCGUGAGCCCUACGUUCGUUCGCAGGGUGCCCCCCUACCUUCGGAGUCAACUGCCAUUCGGGCCUGCUUACGAUGUGCCUGAGGAUGAGAAGGAGGAAGCGAAGAGGCGUUGGAUUCAAGAGCUUGAACACCAGCGGGAAGAUAACCAGCGGCGUAGUUUGGAGAACCGUCAUGCAUCCCUCAGCAAUGGCUCCUGCUGGGCCGACAGUGAGUCCUUGGGGUCUGAGAAGUUGGUGAGACCCGGGGAGGAUUGCUCAGAGAGCGUAUGGUCUGUUACACGAGGCCAAGGUUACCGGCCUGGUAUCGAUGCCAAGAUGUCGGCGAAUGAUGAGAAACGGAUGAGAGCAAUGGAAUAUCAGCGAGCUAUUCAGGCUCAAAUGCAAGAGAAGCAAGAGCGGUUGCGUGCCGAGCGAGAGGCCAGGAUUCGGGAGGAGCGGGAGCAAGAACGGCGCCUGGAGGAGGAACGGCGGAAGAUAGAACUUGAGUACCAGGAAGAGCAACGCAAAGUACGAGAGAAAAAGGAACGUGAAGAGAAGGCACGCCUUCUGCUGAUAGCCAAAAUGCAGCAGGCUGCGGAGGAAGCCGAAGCACUACGAAAGGCCAGGCGAAUCCAAAGGUUUCAUCACGUGUUGCAGCCAGGUCAGGCAGCACAGCAGCUUCCCAAUUUUGACUCUGGAGGUUCAAUCGAUGCCGACUUUUCAACAUCCCUGGAAAGGAUAUCGUCAUCCAUGGCUGGGAUAUCAAACAUUGCCAGUGAAGAACAGACUGACCUAUCAACGCAGCAAAAUCUCUCCUCUGCGCAAAUGUCCUCUCAGACUGCGCUGCCGAUGCCUCAGCUGCAAGCGUCCAUGCCAGCAACGCUAGCUCCCGCGGCUACGGUACGUCCUCUGCGAGGUGAUCACGAUGUCGCAGCCAGCAACAAAGUGCAGCGUGAAAUGUCCAGUCAGACAGAUGGUAGCCUUUCUACCUCCAUCUGCUCCAGUCGCUGUUCGCUGCUUUCAUCGGCGGGAAUGGUGGAAAUGAAUCCUUACAUCGAGAACAGGGUCCUGACUCCGACGAAAGUGCGCAUUGCUCAGCAUGCUCUGCGAUCCCACCAGCAGCGUAGUCGUGAGUUUGGCAUCCAGACAGACAUUUCACUACCUUGUGGAUGGAACCACAGUGUUCUCUGUGAUGACACGACACAUCUGGCUCAAGAGUACGAAACCAGGAGCUCUCUUAGGGAGUUCCCUCCUUAUACAAGUGCUGUCCGAAGGCUCCAGCACAGUUUGCCAUUGAAAGGAGUCCACAGAAAGCCUUCUGCCUAUGCGCCACCGGAAAACCUUCGUGAGCCAGCUGCCAGCCAGCGAACUCCCGUGACUGUGAACAAAGGCAGGGUAUCAAGUGUGCUUCCUGUUGCCAUUGCCCGAAGCAGUGCUCAGAAGCUGCAGGAGCUGCGGCGGCAGCACUGUGAACGAGAGGCUGGAGCACGACAGCUGCGUGGGUUCCCUCAGUUUGCAUCGCAGGUUGUUGGCAGGGGAGGCAUUGCUGAGAGGAAUAGCAGGAGCAGAGCACCGGUCAGAGUUACGAGUCAGGGACCUCUUCAUUUUGAAGAAGAAGCUUUGCAAAAUACCACACAGAGUGAAGAGGAAGACAGCACAAUUCACGACACCACUGGACACCGUGCAGCCCAGAGUCCUCCUGUGCCAGCUUUGCGUGAUAAACUGCUGCCGUCACCCCACCGUUCCACGAAAAACAAUGUCUCAAACUCGUCAAACAUUUCUUCUGAAGUUCCGCUCACCCCGGGAAAAGCUCCAGUCACCCCAGCAAAAGCUGCAGAGACCCCUCCUGCCUCACGCAAGCGCUGGCGGAGGCAGGAGGUGUACGUGCCACAGCAGCCGUUUGGGGAAGCUCAGUCGCCAAAACAAAGCACCCCAAACCGCAGCAGAGUGGGAAACACUCCUGCCCAACCUCUACAACUUCAAGGAAUCGUGGAGCGGCAGAGAUCGGUGAGCGUCAGCGGGGCACGGCGCAAUCAGUCACCGUCACCAGACCGGCGUGCACAGCGCUCUUCUUCUCAGGAUCCAUUGGUUCAUCCUGAAUUGGUGACCAGCUGCCCAACCCGCCGCCAGGACAAGAUCUUGCAGCAGCUAUUUACACUUAGACAGGGGCUGCUUAUCAAGCAACGGGAGAUGGAGAGCCACUUGGUGAAAGUGAAUCAGUGAUCAGUCUUGGGAUGUUCUUCAACUUUCAUCGUCAUAGUUUUCAUUGUAGGUGCAUUCAUUGUAGCAUGGUUUUCUUUAUCGGCGCAAGCGUGCAUUGUAGUCCCCAGCAUAAAAGGCUGUGAUAUCUCACCCAACGCUGUUCACCACAAGUCUAGGAGCCUAGAAUAAGCACGUCUACUUACCUUGCCAGUAGAGCCUUCAAGACCAGUUUAAGAAAGUUACCUGCUGCAGUAGCUUUUUGUAUGUCAUUAUUAUGCGGAGUGCUCGUGGUCGGCUCUGCUAAGACAGAGCGAACUGGAAGAUUCAUAAGAUACAAUGUCAAACUUCUAACAAGUGCAAACUCGAUGAAUUUUUUCAUCUGAAGAAAACGGAAACUCAGUCAUAAGUCUUAAACAUUCACUAGAUAAACACGCACUUAAAGAAGGGUCACCGAUGAACUCGGUCAUGAGGCGUAAAUAUUCACUAGAUAAACAUACACUUGAAGAAGGGUCACUGAUGCCUGCGCGAAGCCAUUGGCACUGGGCUAUGUGUAUAAAAAAAAAAAAUGCUCAGUGCGAAUGUCUGUUUUGAGAAGGAAGUAUCCCAAUUUAAAUUGUAAAAAUGUAGUUUUCGAGUGAAGUGCUAAAGUGAAGUGCUAAAUAUACAUUUGGCACAUUCCUUGUAUCAAACACUUCGUCCUUCUCUGUAAUAUUUAGUGCAGUGUUUUGGUUUUAAGUGCUUGCCUCUUUUCAAGUGCGUAGUACAAUGGGCCCGCAUUUGUGUUGCGAGCCUGCAAUAGUCAAAAGACGUGUACUAACUUAUGUGAUGCAUACUAACUUUUAAUGUUGUGUGUAGGUGUUAGGAUGCUUUUACAUAAAUGGGUACCACUGCCUUAAUCUCACCAGACGUAGUACUACUUCCCUUAUCGUAGGAUUAAUCCAUCAGCCCUAAGCAAGAAGUUGCAGUCAUGUUGUUGAUGCCGAGUAGAAUACAUUUAUUGUCUUCAUGUUGAAAAACAUCUUUCAAGGAGUAGCAGUAUGCUUUUGCAACAUGGCGUUUCAUAUAAUGCUCAUUACAUUACAUAAAUAUUGUUACCUUACUCUCUUUUAGUUAAGGUGACUUCUUCAUAUACCUUGAAUGGCCUGUUGUUGUUGUCUAAUAGUAGUUGUUGUGUAAGUUGUGUAUUUAUUGCCUUUUACAUAUAUGCACAGUUUUUUUUCUUUAUAUGCAGUAUUUUCUGGCCUGUACAUAUUUAUGUGUACAGCCAGCCCAGAUUUGGCAUCAUGCUUUUACACUGAUUGCUUGCACGAAUUUUUCGAGUUUCAAGCGUUGUGGUCUGUAUUGCACGAACUCAUGUAAUAUAUAUUGUUCAUCUAUUACAGAAAA